AUGAAUGGUCCCCAAGUCCCUACCAAAACAGGAGCAGAUGGUGUAGUUGUUCUCAAGUCUGAAGCUGAAUGGAAUGAUGAAGACAAGAAGAAAAUAGAGCUUAAUGCUAAAGCUGUCAACAUGCUUAACUGUGCUAUCAGUUUCGAGGAAUACCGAAAGGUAUCAAGGUGUAAAAUAGCAAAGGAGAUCUGGGAUAAGCUCCAAGUCAUACACGAAGGCACUAUCCAAGUAAAGCAGACCAGAAUAGACAUGAUGUGUAAAGAGUACGAGAUGUUUUCUAUGAAGAAAGAAAAAUCUAUUGACAAAAUGUUCGAAAGAUUCACCGUCAUCAUCAACGGUUUAGAUGCUAUGAGAAUUACUCAUCUUUAA